GCGGGCCCGGCCCCGGCCCCGGCCCCGCCGCCUGCCGUGGCGCCGCCUUGGCCCUCGCGGGCCGCCGUGGUGCCAAGAUGGCGGCAGCGGAUUCGAGCGACAGCGAGGAGGAGGAUCUGGUGAGCUACGGCACCGCGCUGCAGCCCCUGCAGGAGGGUGAACGACUCAAAAAGCCAGUUCCUCUUCAAGAACAGACUGUUAAAGACGCAAAGGGACGAUAUCAACGUUUUCAUGGAGCAUUUACUGGUGGUUUCUCUGCUGGUUACUUUAACACUGUUGGCACAAAGGAAGGAUGGACUCCUUCAGCUUUUAUAUCAUCACGGCAGAAGAGAGCAGACAGAACCAUUCUUGGACCAGAAGACUUCAUGGAUGAAGAGGAUCUUAGUGAAUUUGGGAUAGCACCAAAAGAUAUUACAACCACAGAUGAUUUUGCAUCCAAAGCUAAAGACAGAAUAAAAGAAAAAGCUAGACAGAUUGCAGGAGUAGUUGCUGCCAUUCCAGGAACUACUGCGUUUGAUGAUUUAAUAGGACCAUCAAAAAUAACAAUUGGUGUUGAACUGUUACGAAAAAUGGGUUGGAAAGACGGACAAGGAAUAGGACCGCGAGUCAAAAGAAAGCCAUGUAGGCAGAAACCUGACCCUGAAGUGAAAAUAUAUGGUUGUGCAUUACCGCCUGGACUGUCGGAAGGUUCUGAGGAUGAAGAAGAUGAAUACCAGCCAGAGAAUGUGACGUUUGCACCGAAAGAUGUAAUGCCUGUAGAUUUGACUCCAAAGGAGAAUGUCCAUGGACUUGGUUAUAAGGGUUUGGACCCCACGCAAGCUUUGUUUGGUGUAUCUGGAAGAGAACAUGUUAAUCUUUUUGCGGGUUCUGAAGACCCAAGUAAUUUACUUGGUGAUCUGCAACACAAUAGAGGAAGAAAACUAGGUAUCACAGGCCAAGCUUUUGGUGUAGGAGCUUUAGAGGAGGAAGAUGAUGAUAUUUAUGCAACCGAAACGUUGUCAAAAUAUGAUACGGUUCUAAAAGAUGAAGAACCUGGAGAUGGCUUGUAUGGCUGGACAGCACCGAAGCAGUAUAAAUCCAAAAAAAGGUCUGACACAGAAGUUAAAUAUAUAGGAAAAAUCUUGGAGGGCUUUUCCUUGGCAUCAAAGUCAUCAGCUCCAAACAAGAUUUAUCUACCACCUGAUCUGCCACGAAAUUACAGACCAGUCCAUUACUUUCGACCUGUAAUAGCUGCUGGGAAUGAAAACUACCAUUUACAGAAGGUAUUAGAGGAAUCAACUGGAAAACUUGGCAGUGACACGACACAGCAAAGCAGGCAUGCACUGAAUGCGUCUCAGAGGAGGGAACAACUAGGAGAGACCGUUCUGAAAGGUCCAGCUCGUUCUGUUUUGGAGUAUCUGUCUGAGAAAGAUAGAGAGAGGCUCAAAGAAGUGAAGCAAGCAUCUGAACAACAAAUGAAAGCCAAAACGUUGCCUCAGCAGUCACGGAAUAGCAGAUUCCAGCCAGCCUCCCCAGAUGAUGCUUUUCAAAAAUGGCAAAUGUUGUUGGGGGGGCAGAUAGCAAAUGCUGGUUCUAGUGACUUCAAGCCAUUUGCAAAAGAUCCAGAAAAGCAAAAAAGAUAUGAAAGUUUUGUGAAAAGUCUUAAACAAGGAGAAAAAGUAGAUACAUUAGAACGUCAUUUAGACCCAACUAUGACAGAAUGGGAACGAGGAAGAGAACAAGAGGAAUUCUUCCGUGCAGCAAUGUUCUACAAGUCCUCAAACUCAACCCUGUCAUCCAGGUUUACCCGGGCCAAAUAUGAAGAUGAUGUUGACAAAGUCGAAGUUCCUCGGGACCAGGAGAAUGAUAUUGAUGAUAAGGAAACCGCUGUGAAGAUGAAGAUGUUUGGCAAACUCACCAGAGACAAGUUUGAAUGGCACCCUGAAAAGCUGUUGUGCAAAAGAUUUAAUGUUCCUGAUCCAUAUCCCAAUUCUUCCAUCGUUGGUUUACCAAAAGUGAAGAGAGACAAGUAUUCUGUAUUUAACUUUUUAACUCUGCCUGAGCCUACCACAUCUAUAACUCAAGAAACAAAUGAAAAAAAACAACAGAAUAGCAGUUUCAGCAAACCAAAGAAACCUUCUAGAUGGGAUGUAUCAGAUAAAGAAAAGGAGAAAAAAGAUUCUAUCAGUGAAUUCAUUAGUCUUGCUAGAUCAAAAGCUGAUCUUCAGCAGAAGCCACCAGUGCCAACAACAGAAGAAUCUAAAUCAAAAGCUGAUCUUCAGCAGAAGCCACCAGUGCCAACAACAGAAGAAUGUGGAACUAGGGCAAGUGAAACUCUUCGCAGUGAGGUAGCUGAUGAAGAUAAAGAUCAAGAAGAAGAAAGCAGACCAUCCAUGGACAUAUUUAAGGCCAUCUUUGUGAGUUCCUCUGAUGAAAAAUCUUCCUCUGAUGAAGAGAGUGAAGAAGAACAGCAACCAACUACUUCGGUAACAGAUUCAGAAACCACUAAGCAAGUUAAUCUACCAGAUAGUUCCUCAUCUAAUGUACAAGACAAUGUGUCUGCUAAAGCUGAGCCUGGUGUUUCUUUGUUGCCUGCUCCAAAGCAGGAACUGGAUGCAGCAGAGGAAUUCGGACCAAAGUUGCCCCCAGCUUUUCCUUUUGGUCCUACUCGGCAACAAGAAACAGCGAUGCCAGCAAGUUUUCCAGGGCCUAGUAGAAAAGAAAAACAUAAAAAGAACAGAGAGAAACAGAAGACUAAGAGAGAACGCAAACAUAAAAAGGAAAAGAAGAAGAAACAUAGGAAACACAAAACCAAAGGAAAACACAAAAAUAAAAAAUCAGAAAAAGACAGCAGCUCAGAUACUACAGACAGCAGUGAUAGCCUUAGUGAUAUAGAUACCACAGGCUUGUCACCCAAAGAACUUCUAAAAAGAUUGAAACAACUUCAGUAUUGAAGAAGUAGCUUGUUUUCUUCAGUGCUGUGUGACUUUUAAUCUCAAAUUUUUGAUCUCCUCCAUGAUGGUAGAUCAGUUACGUAUUGUAUACUCGAAGCAUUGUAGAUACUGUAUUCAUAUUGAAUUUGUCUGAGAGUAAACACGUAUAUGUUUAUUUUGUGAUGCUUCAUAGGAUUGAAAUGCAAGGAUUAUGGAAUGUUGAAAAAGACUCCUUCUGUAAAGCAUAGUCUGAAAUAUUGCAGGCUCUGUUUUAAUUAACACAAAACACGAUAUUUUAAUAAACUAAGUAUUACAAAUCA